UAUACGUGGUAUACUUCCGUUCGUUCAUUUCUAAACUGAUAGACGGCCGAGAUUUAAAGCUCAAAAAUAAUGAUCUCCUCCACUUCUUCAGCCUCCAUCGCCGCCUUUCCUCCGUCUGGGAUCUGAUCUUCGCACUCCUCUAAAAUACACUCCAAGGUGAAAGAAAAGCCGGAAGAAAUGCCGCUGUACGAUUGUAUGCUGCUGCUGAAGCCCCAUGUGAGGAAGGAGUCUCUGAUGGACUUGGUUGCUCGAGUGAGCAAACACGUUUGCAGAAGAAAUGGAGUUAUUACUGACAUGAAGUCGUUCGGCACUGUUCAGCUAGGUUAUGGUAUUAAGAAGCUUGAUGGAAGGUACUAUCAGGGCCAACUAAUGCAAAUGACAAUGAUGACUACACCCAACAUCAACAAAGAGCUGCACUACUUGAACAAGGAAGAUCGGUUGCUGCGCUGGCUGUUGGUUAAACACCGAGAAACAAAGUAUGGACAGGAAUUUCUAAGUGAAGAGGAUUCGAAAAGUGAAUUCAAUAAGCUUCAGCGGAGCAGCAUAUAUAAUAUGGAAGAGUCUGAGACUGAGGAUGAUGAUGACGAUGACGAGGAAUAUGAUGUGGAACAAGAAGGAAAACGUACCUGAAGGGUAGUGGAAUACUGUUUCAGGCAUGAUCCUUAGCAUUUUGUUUAAGUUCCUUGAUUUACGUUUGCCAUAAGGUACGGCAUCAGUAAGUGUUAUGAACUAAGUUGGGUGAAUUAGCUUAUCGAUGAAUUAGAUGUAGCGAGCUUUUAGGUUUAAUACGGAUGAUGCACUCAAAUUCCGUUCUUCUCUUGGCCAGUGUACAAAACCAUUGAAGAUGAACUUAAUCAGCCGAUGUUAGGAUUAUUUCUCUAGACCGAAAACAUCUUGAAUAUCUUCUGAGCGUUAAAAGGAUCAAUGCAGUAGUUUAAAUUUCUUUGUU